AUAUGUCGGGAACACAAUGGCAGGGUUCGUGAUGCAGUCACUUGGCUGUGAAGUUGCUGCACUCAACACGGUGAAUUUCAGCAACCACUUGGGAUACGGCCAGGCGAGAGGCACGAAAGUCGCGGCAGCAGAAAUCAACGAUCUUUAUGAAGGGCUCAAGGAGUCAUACCUCGACGAUUUCAACAUGAUGCUCUCAGGCUACCUCCCCGGAGCGGCGUCCGUCGAGGCCAUGGGGGCGAUAGCUCGGGACCUGAAAGGCAAAGCGGCGACGAAGCCAGGGAGCUUCUUCUGGAUUCUGGACCCGGUGAUGGGCGAUAAUGGGAAGCUUUACGUGGAAGAGGAUGUGGUGCCCGCGUACAAGAACCUGAUCAAGGACGCGGAUCUGAUCCUGCCGAAUCAGUUCGAAGCCGAGACGCUCUCCGGAGUCAAGAUCGUCGACAUGGAUACCCUGAAGCAAGCCGUCACGACGCUGCACGAGCGCUACCGCAUCCCGCACAUCGUGGUGACCUCGGUCUCCUUCCCCGCGUCGGGCGCCGAGCGCCGUCUCUCGAUCGUCGGCUCGACGUGCACCUCGGCGGCGACGCCGCGCAUCUUCGGCGUGUCGGUCCCGGCUAUCGACUGCUUCUUCAGCGGCACGGGCGACAUGUUCGCGGCGCUGCUGCUGGUCCGUUUCCGCGAGGCGGUCUCCGAGACGCCGGGCCUGAUGGACAAGGAGGCGUGGGUGAGUGGGGAUGAGGUGGAGGCGACCGAGUUACCGCUCGCGAGGGCGACGGAGAAGGUACUGGCCAGCAUGCAUGAGGUGUUGACAAGGACUAAAGUGCAGAGGGACGAGGAGAUUGCGAGGUAUCAUGCGACGAUUGAGGGAGGGAAAGAGAAGGAUGAGAAGCGGCUGCAUCUGCUGGUGUCGAAGGCGUCGGAGGUUAGACUCGUGCGGAAUGUGGACUGUUUGAAGAAUCCGGUGGUGCAGUUUAAAGCGGGAAGAGUAUAGAUGGGAUUUAUACCUAUACACAAAGACGUAAAAGUCCAUGCGAGCAUAAUGCCACAAUAUACGAAGACGAG